GGUCUGCUUUAUAUAUAUAUAUAUAUCAUUUCCCUCCUCGCGUGGAGCCUUCGUACCGUCGGCACUCGCAGGCGCAUGUCAGGCGUGUGCGUGAACACAGCUGCGGACAAGCUCUUGCACACACACACACACACGCAUAUAUAUUUUUGCACUUCCUCUUUCACGGCAUCAUCAUGCGACCGCGCUGCGCAGGGCUCUGCUCGAGAUGCCUCUAUCACUGCCAGCGUCCGCGCACCUCCGCGUGCGUGUUCGUCGUUGCUGCUGCUUCAGCCUCACUGAGGCCUUAUGCAACGCACAGCCGAAGCAGCAGCGGCGGCAGCAAUGGGGGGCCCUCACUAAGCGACCUGGCGAAAGCUUUUCAGCGUAUGGGUGGUGCUGCGGCGCACGACAGCGGUGGCGGCAGCAGCGAUGGUGGAAACGGUGGCGGUCGUCACACUAGUGGUCAUCGAGCACGGAGACAUCAACCGCAGGACGCACACACACCGCGCACAGAUGAGCUGACGGUGCCGUUUGAGCCGUCACCGCAUUCUUCAUCCACACAGAGAAGUGGCAGCGACGGUGGGGACGACGCUGCGCGAGCUCCUCCGGCGGGAUCUGACGCGCCGCACAACUCCCCUUCCUCCUCCACCUCAACGAGCACUGCGAAGAGCCGCCUCUUGACGCUCUCGCCGACCUACGCGGCGUACCUCUCCUCGCUUGGGGCAUCGCAGCUGUGCAGCGAGCUUGAGUCCCAGCUGGGCCGACGACGCAUGGGGUGCAUGCUGCAGUGCCUGUACGAGGUCGGCGUGCAUCGCCUGCCGGAGCCGUGUGAAGCGCAGCUGCCCAGCACCGCCGCAGCAGGAAAGGCCAAAGAAUACCCUCCACUCAACCAGCAAAGACGAGGCGUGGCCAUUCAGCGCAACCACCGGCUGCUGACGGCUGUCUUGCGCAUGAUGACGCUGGUGGACGUCUACGCGAUGGAGCCGGAUGCAGAGGCCUGGCUGCGUGUCAGCGCGCCCAACGUCGACAACAAUGAUGAUGGCAGCCGCAGCAGCCGCAGCCGUCCUGAAAACACGGCAGCAGCAAAAGCAGUGGUAGGGCGUGCAGGCCAGUGUGCACACCCCCUCUCCUAUCGGUUGGCGCAGACGAUGCUGCGAUGGCUGUCCUGCGAGGUGUCCCGCCUCGAUGCGCACACCUCCCUGCAGGUACUGCACCUCCUAGCGCAGCAAAGUAUAACGUGGAGUGAGGCGGUGCUCGCGACGCUGGUGGACACGCUAGACGUCCACAUCGCUCGCGCAGCACAACACGCCGAUCACCCCUUCACCCUGCAGCACUACAGCCUUCUGUUGGACACGAUGGCGCGCUUUCAAGCGCAGCAGAUGAACGUGACGCGGCUGCAGUCGCAGCUGCCCGCCGCCGCGCACGCCUCACAGACGUCUCGAGCCCAAUGGAGCGUGCCUUCCGCUGAAUCGACUUCGGAGGCGCUGAGCGCGGCAGGCGAGAACGAGCCAGCCGCGGUCGCCGCAUCCGCGGCACGUCGCGCUGCGAUCGACAGCGAGCACCCUGUCUCCAACGCCCACGUCUUUCGCUGCGUCGCGGAGGCCCUCACGCGCGAGCUGGUCGCCGCCGCCGAUCGGACGCGCCGUUCCUCGCCCGCCUCGGCGGGGGCCGGCAUGCAGCACGCGGACACCGCCACGAUACUGUUCCUCACCCGCGCCCUCAGCAGGCUGCACUGGUGGAGUGACGAGCUCAUGUCCGCCCUCACCGCACCGCUCACGCGGUACGUGCAGCGGCACCCCGCGUCGUACGCCGGGGUGGUGAUGCUCGUCGGCCGGCACGAGAACGGCGUCGGCGACGCGGCGCUGUUGUGGGUGUUGCAAGAAAGCCUGUUGGGGCUGCUGCGGCGGCGCGGACGCGGACGACGUCGCGAAAGCGGCGCCAUCGCGGACGAAGACGACGAGGGCGGACACGCGCCGGUGCACGACGCACGCUCGAUGACGACGGGCCUCGUCGCGGUGCGUGAAAAGGCCGAUCUUCUGGGGAACUCCUCGAGAAGCGCGGACGAUGAUCUGGGGGAGGAGGAGGAGGAAGAGGGCGAUGAGUGGAUGCGCUUUUCCAGUCGCGAUUCAAGCGAGCUGGCGGCUGUCGAGAAGGUGCGCUGUGACGCAGCAGCAGCAGCAGCAGCAGCCGAUGAGUGUACAGCCCUCGCAACAUCGCAUAACACGUCCGAUACAAACGGAGAACGGGAAGGAGAGAGGCAGCAGGUGCAACGGCAGCAGCAGCAACAGCAGCGCUCGCAGAAGCCGAUGAGUCGAUCUCUUUCGCUCAUCGACCUUCACAGCUUUCCCUCCUUCCUGGAGAGUCUCGUGCGCUUCUACCGCUGCACGAUGCAGGCUACCUCGUCGAACGCCGUCGUCCUCCCCGCACCGGACGGCGCUGCGAAUGGGGAGCACGGCAAAGGCAACGGCACCCGCAUCACGCGCGCCGCGCUGCAGACACGCAUGAUAGAGCUCUUUGCUCUUUUGCAAGACGACCUGCAGCGCAGCAUCCCGUCGCUCGAGGCCUUCGCCGCCACGAUGACCGCCCCGUUGCUGGCGCGGCUUCUUUGUGCGUUGAUCACAACCACCGAGCAGCUCCAGCUGGCGCAGCAGUGCGACUCGCUACCCGCGGAUGAGCAGGGCGGCACGCCGCGUGCGUCUUGUCUCGCCCCGCUGGUGGUGGAGUUGGCGUACGUGUGGACGCUGCAGGUGGCCCGGCUGCGGCCGCCACCGCUGCCGCCGCGUGACGGUCGCGCCUCGCACACCGCGGCGGACGUGGCGCUCUUCCAUCGAGUCGCGGCGAUGCACCACUGGCGGCGUGCACUGCGUGUGCAUCACGUGCUCGUGCGCACCGGCGCACUGCGGCGCACCCGCAGCAGCUACGACGCCUCUCUCCCUACGCAAGAGCUGGGUGCGGGCACGCGGGUCCCACGCGCAGAGGAGGCGUGCCAGCCCGGCCGGUAUUUCAUGCCGGACGAUGUCGUACGCCGUGCCCCGCGGGUGCAGGCGGCGAUGGAACAGGCAAAGCACCAUCUGCAAGCGGAACGACAGCGUGUGCUGCGACAGCUACGGAAGGAACAGGCGGCGAUGGAGAAGGAGGGAGCAGACGACGACGACGACGAUCGGGAUGAUUGGGGCGGACACAAGACGGAGUACGCUUCUGCGUUCGGGUACUCGCAGGAGCAGCAACGGAACGCGCGCGCCGCUCCGCCUCCGCGGUCGGCCGUAGCGAGGAUGCGAAACACGUCAUCGCACCCACGUAAUCAGGCCACUGCGCAGCGCCGGCGUACGGCAGCCCUUGUCGCCUCCUUGCAGUUGCCCGUACGCUCCUCCGACGUCUUCGCCAAGUACUCCAAGGCGCUGUCGCGGCUUUUGUAG